ACUGACCCCACAGAAUGGUUAUCAAAAUGAUUAUUCUUUGCAUUUUCAUGCUAUUUGAUGUUCUUACAAUAGCCUCUGGUAGAAGUGUUGAGGGAGGGAAGGAUGCUGAUGUUCUUAUUGUUGGAGGAGGGAUAUCUGGUCUUGCAGCUGCUGGCAGACUGGAGAAAGCUGGUCUUAAGGUUCUAGUGCUCGAAGCUAGAGAUAGACUUGGAGGAAGAAUGUUUACUGGAGGUGAUGAUAAUGUUAUUGAGUUUGGUGCUCAGUGGAUUCAGGGUAAACGUCGGAAUCCCCUUUUCCAGUACGCCAAGUCCCAUGGCCUUUUGGGAGAUAAAAUCAGGACGUAUGGAGACACUUGGGAAGAUGAUACUCUGCAAGGAUAUGGUUUUACUUCCAAUGGAAAGAAGAUUAAUAGAGACAAAUUAAAAUUUGCUGAGAACAUUUUUGAAACUAUUAAUGAGCUGAGUGAUUAUGAUGAUCCUGAACAUAUAAAUCAAUCUCUUGGAGAAUACUACUUUUCUAAAGUAAAUUCAGAAGUGGACAAACUAGACAUAGACAAUAAACAAGAGAUGAUUGAUAUCCUAGAGGGGUUUGAAUUCAUGAUGACCUAUGAUAUUGGCGACAACUUUGAUAAUACUAGUCUAAAACUGGUGGCUGAGUAUGAUGAGAUUCCCGGUGGCGAUGUUAUUGUUCCUGGAGGGUUGAAAACUAUUAUAAAUGCUCUUAAAGAGGAUCUAGAUGAAGAACCGUAUGAACUUAAUACUAUAGUUGAAGAGAUAGCUUGGAAUAAAGAUGGAGUGACUCUUAGAUCCAGCUCCAAUGUUUACACCGCUGAUCAUGUUAUAGUUACUGCUCCAUUAGGAGUUUUGCAGAGUAAGCCAGAACUGUUCUCUCCACCUUUAGAUGCCAAGAAGAAGAAGGCAAUUAAUAACAUGCGACCAGGACGAGCCAGCAAGAUCUUUCUGCAGUUUGACAAUCCUUUCUGGAGAGAAGGAGAAGGACAGAUGAUAUUUCUUUGGACUAAGGAAGAGCAGGAGGCUGCUGUAAUGCCCCAGGAUUGGUUUAAAUUCAUUAGUUUGGUGGAUGAAGUAGAAGGAAACCCAGAUAAACUUAUGAUCUGGGUGGUUGGGGAAGCUGCUCUUGUAGCAGAUAAGCUGGAGGAAUCAGAGAUUGCUGAAGCAGUGUUCAAGCUUAUGCAACAAUUUUCAGGAAAUCCUAAUAUUACUCAAAUAUCCAAGGUUAUCAGACAUACCUGGCUUACUGAUCCCUUCAGUCUUGGAACCUGGAGCUAUCCAUCAAUUUACUCUACAGCAAAAGACUAUCGUGAACUAUCCCGCCCACUACCAUCAGAAGAAGUGCCACGCCUCCUUUUGGCCGGUGAACAUACACAUGAGAAAUAUUGGUCGUACAUGCAUGGUGCAAUGUUGUCAGGAAUAGAACAAGCAGAGAAAAUAUUGGAGUUUAAAGGUCUUCUUGAUGAGACUUUCAGUGAAGAAGAUUCAGAUGAGGAUCAGGAAGAAGAAGAGGAAGAAGAAGAAGAAGAUGAAGAAGAAGAAGAAUAUGAUGAAGAAGAAGAAGAAGAGGAAGAGGAAGAAGAAUAAGAAGAAGAAAAAGAA